GAAGCUCUUGCUCCUGGCGCUCUGUGAAAUCUGGUAGAGGGAGGGGAGCUGUCAAUCAGCUGGAGCAGGAGCAACCUAACCUGCUGCAAAGAGAGGCCUCGCUGCAACUUCAACCCGGACCAGAUUUCAGGCCAUGGCUACUUCGUCCUUGAAUGCCGUAAGGCAGAUCAUUCAGGGUUUGACGGGAGGAACUGGCUUCAGUCGGGUUUCGAAUAAGAUGACUGUUGUUUCAGCUUGUCCUGGGAAAAUAGUCUGCGAGAUGAAAGUGGAACAGGAACAUGUGAACCAAGCAGGCACACUGCACGGAGGAAUGACAGCCACUCUUGUGGAUGUGGUAUCAACAAUAGCCUUACUUAAUACAGAACGUGCGCUACCAGGAGUUAGUAUAGACAUGAAUAUAACAUACAUGAAUGCAGCUAAACUGGGAGAGGAUAUUAUCAUAACUGCUCAGGUGCUAAAGGAAGGUAAAUCUCUUGCAUUUACAACUGUGGAUUUGACAAGCAAAGUAACAGGAAAACUCCUAGCUCAAGGCCGACACACAAAGUAUUUAGGCAGCUGAACAAUUGAUUCUCACAAAAUGUACUUGUUGUGUUUGAAUGGAAUUACUCUGUCCGAGGAAAAUGUAACACAGAAAUUAAAGAAUUUAAUUUCA